AGAAGUAGCGUUGAAGGUCGUUGAUGGCGGUGCUGCCAGACGGCGGGAGGUGCAUGUCAUCACCUAUAGGGCUGAGCUCCUGAAGCAAUGAAAUGAUUUUCCGGCGCCGAACCUCUUUACGCGCGGGUGUGUUUUGACGCGUCUUGCUUCAUCCAGCAGCUUUGCAAAUUUCCUAUCGUCUUCUAUUUGCGUGCAAAUAUUUAUUUUAAAUCCCCUGGAGGCUCAAUUAUAGGCUCGUGUGAAUAUCUCACGGCAAAAUGUCCGAUUACGAAGAUGAAAUGGACGUGGAUGCUCCGUCCAAGAGCACAAUCCAAUUCAGCUCCGAUAAUAGCAGUGGGAAAGCUAAGAGAGUUGUGUCAGACCUACCUGUCGAGGCUCAAGAUAAUCUGCCAUGGGUUGAGAAGUACCGACCAAACACUCUCGACGACGUCUCCGGUCAUAAGGACAUCUUAGCCACAAUUAACAAAUUUGUCGAUGCGAAUCGACUACCGCAUCUUCUUCUGUAUGGGCCUCCGGGAACUGGCAAGACAUCUACAAUCCUUGCGCUCGCAAGGCGGAUAUAUGGGAGCAAAAACAUGCGCCAGAUGGUGCUCGAACUGAAUGCCAGUGACGAUCGAGGCAUUGAUGUUGUCCGAGAACAAAUUAAGACCUUUGCUAGCACGAAACAGAUCUUCUCCAUGGCCCCCCAACCGACCUCCGGUGGAUCGUCACUCGCAUCGUACAAGUUGAUCAUCCUUGACGAAGCAGACGCCAUGACUGCAACCGCGCAAAUGGCACUCCGUCGGAUUAUGGAGAGAUAUACAGCCAAUACGAGAUUCUGCAUUAUUGCCAACUAUACCCACAAAUUAUCGCCCGCGCUUCUGUCGCGUUGCACGCGGUUCCGCUUUAGCCCGCUGAAGGAGCAGGACAUCAGGUCACUGGUUGACCUGGUUAUUGAAAAAGAGCAGGUGAACAUUCAGCCGGAGGCUGUGGACAGCUUGGUCAGAUUGAGUAAGGGUGACAUGCGUCGCGCACUGAACGUGCUACAAGCGUGCCAUGCAAGCAGCAUACCGCUCCCUGUCAAGAAUGCGCCGAAAGACCAACCCCGUCCUGAACCGGAAUUGAUCACAAAUGGAACGAUUUAUGACUGCAUAGCCGCACCGCACCCCGCUGACAUUCAAGAGAUCAUGACUACUCUUCUUGCUACUAGCGACGUCACUUCGUGCCUCAACACUGUGAAUACCUUGAAAUCCAACAAAGGCUUGGCCCUGGCUGAUAUCCUGGCGGCCCUGGGUGAACAGCUGCAGCAGUUAGAAGUCCCUGCACAAACGAGAGUCACCUGGCUGGAGGGACUCGCCGAAAUAGAAUUCCGACUUGCCGGUGGCGGCUCUGAAGCCAUGCAAACCGGUGGUCUGGUUGGAGUUGUACGGAAUGGAUGCGAGCUUAUGGGGGAUAAGGGUGUGUCCAUGGCGAGUUAGCUUCACUAUGUUCUUUGUGAUUAUUUAUUGCAUUUCCACACCACAUGUCAUCAAAACUCGUCAUGUGAUGUCUUCAUGUCGGAGUUUGGGA